AUGGGCUCUUCACUCCCAGUCAAGCCGGCAAGCGCCAGUGGGCAGAGUACUAGUACUGGUAUCAAGUCACCUCAGAAACAAGGCUGGUGGGCUAGAUCACGGCCCCUCGCACUCUUGGUUGCGCUGGGAGCCACGGCAGCGACCGUGACUUGGCUUAAACCUGAAACCCAUUCCUUAGACUAUGCAGUCUGUUCUGCCAACUCCACCAUCUACACAGUCGACUCAGAUCUUCCGAAUGUCCAAUGCAUCGUUGUACACGAUACCCUCAUCUCAGACACAGGUGAUCUAGAGGACGUAACCUUACGCUGGCGGGGUCGAUGGUGGUCAGAGAUCCCACUGGCAGGCGUCAUCCACUUACCUUGGCCAUUUAAUUUUCUCGAACCAUCUCUGAGAGUAAUAGACAUCCAACCUGACAGUAUCGUAGUUCCCGGGCUGGCUGACGCCCAUGCUCAUAUAUUGCACUAUGGUUUUAAGAUGAAUCUCAACUUGGAAGACUGUGCCUCUGUAGAUGAGGUUUUGAGCCGCUUGAAAGCUUAUGUUAUAUCACAUCCUGACAUUCUGGGUGAUCCAACUCGGUGGAUAGAGGGCAUGGGAUGGGAUCAGAACAAAUGGCCUGGAGCGCAAUAUCCUCAUGCCGACGACUUUGAUAGGGAACCACUUCUUCGCGGUCGACGAAUCUCUCUCGCCCGUAUCGAUGUUCAUGCCUCCUGGGUAUCCAAUCGCGUGCUGCAGCUCAUGGCACCCCUCCCCGAGAACAUCGAUGGGGGGCUGAUUAUUCGUGACGGGCACGGGAAACCCAUCGGAAUAUUUGUCGAUAAUGCUAUGGAUCUCGUUCCCUCGCAACCCUUCAGCGAGGCCCGCGCAAUGGAGUACUUCACCCGCGCUGGUAGUGAUGCCCUCGCUGUGGGUCUGACUAGCGUGCACGACGCAUUUUCUGUCCCAGAAGAAAUACGGUUCUACAAGAAACUUUCAGAGACUCAGAAGCUACCUCUCCGGCUUUAUCUCAUGGGCAAUGUGAACUCUGAUGACUACUGGGGAAGCCAGAUUCCAAGACUGAUUCAGCACGGAUUUGGUGGACGAUUGACAGUGCGCAGCGUCAAACUUUUCUUGGAUGGUGCGCUUGGUUCAUUCGGUGCUGCACUGCUUGAGCCCUAUAGUGAUAAUCCAUCAACGAGCGGUAUCAUGCGAGUGCGGCCGGAAGUACUGGCAAAGCUAGUAAGGGAGUUUUCAACCGAUGGUUGGCAAGUUAACAUCCACUGCAUUGGGGACCGGGCGAAUCAUGUCGUACUUGACAUUUAUGAGGAUAUUCUCGCCAACGCUUCGUUUUCCAUAGGUGCUUUGCGACCUCGUAUUGAGCAUGCGCAAAUCUUGACACUGGAUGAUAUCAAGCGGACUGGAAAUUUAGGUGUGAUACCCAGUGUGCAACCGACCCAUGCGACAAGCGACAUGUGGUACGCUGAGGAUCGGUUGGGUCCAAAGAGAAUCCUAGGCGCAUAUGCAUAUCGAGCUCUACUCAACGCAUCUCCAACCGGAGUCUUGCCCCUUGGCUCUGACUUUCCUGUCGAGGGCAUCAACCCCCUUCUUGGUUUCUAUGCCGCUGUUUCACGUCUCUCUGCAAAAGGCGACUCGCCUCAUGGUUCUGGAGGAUGGUACCCAUCCGAACGUCUCACGCGCGCUGAAGCGCUCAAAGGCAUGACGCUCGACGCUGCAUACGCGUCUUUUUCUGAAGAUAUUCUUGGUUCGCUUUCAAUCGGGAAGAAAGCUGAUUUCGUCGUUCUGGACCGUGAUUUCAUGACGGUGCCUAUAGAAGAUAUCUUGGGUGCCAAAGUGACAGCAACUGUCAUCGAUGGGGAAGUCGAGUAUGGGAAUCUGUGACCGGCGACCGUAUCUAAUGUGAGUACUCCCAAAUCUAACGAGCUCUUAUCAAAGUCUACAUGAACACUUGCAUUAGAAUUUGUAUAAUUGGUUCAGUUGGGAAGAAUAGUUAUAUACAAUAUACUCCUC